CCACACUACUUGCUUAGGUGGGCAUCUGGCAAAACGUUACAGAACAAGCAAACCAGGAAAUUCUGUGCUGCUUGUUACAGAAAAGACGUCAUGCAGCCCUCUAACGUCUGUUGGGCCUUGACGAUAUGGAUGGUCCAGCUGGCCUUGAUUGUUCUCACUGUUCAAGCUAAAAACUGCACCAAACCCAUAGGAGGGCCAAACAUGGUUUUGUCAGAUGCCUUCAUCACUCAAGAGACAUUUGUAGAUGGUGCAAAAGUCACUUUUCAGUGUGCAAUUGGAUAUGCCAGAACAGGAGGGUCUCCAUCAGUCACCUGUACUGCUGGCAUGUGGAGUGACGUGAAACUGGAAUGCGGAAGGAAGUCGUGUGGCUCCCCAGGAGAAGUGAUGAACGGCUGGUUUAAUCUCUCUGAGGGGAUCUUGUUUGGAGACAAGGCAGUUGCUACCUGUAACACUGGCUAUAUGCUUGUGGGCAGCGGUGUAAGGACCUGUAUGGAUGGAGGCUGGGAUGGCAGAGUUCCUGUUUGUGAAGUGGUGAAGUGUGGAAAGCCCCCAAACAUUGUCAACGGUGGGCCUGUUGUCCCACCUGAAGAUACGUAUGACUAUGGAAGUGUAGUGCAAUAUGACUGUGAGAAGGAUUACACUCUGGUUGGAAGUAAAUCCAUAACCUGCCGUGAGAAUGGAGAAUUCCAGCCAGCUCCACCUGAGUGUAAAAUGGUCUCAUGUCCUCCUCCUGUUGUUGAGAAUGGCGUUCGGAUUGAUGGCCCCCCCUACACGUACAAGUCUUUUGUGAUGUAUAGAUGUAACGCUGGAUAUGAGAUGGAGGGACAAGCCAGUCUGACCUGUGAAAUAGAAGGCUGGUCAGCUCCUUACCCAACAUGCAAAGCUAAAAACUGCACCAAACCCAUAGGAGGGCCAAACAUGGUUUUGUCAGAUGCCUUCAUCACUCAAGAGACAUUUGUAGAUGGUGCAAAAGUCACUUUUCAGUGUGCAAUUGGAUAUGCCAGAACAGGAGGGUCUCCAUCAGUCACCUGUACUGCUGGCAUGUGGAGUGACGUGAAACUGGAAUGCGGAAGGAAGUCGUGUGGCUCCCCAGGAGAAGUGAUGAACGGCAGGUUUAAUCUCUCUGAGGGGAUCUUGUUUGGAGACAAGGCAGUUGCUACCUGUGACACUGGCUAUAUGCUUGUGGGCAGCGGUGUAAGGACCUGUAUGGAUGGAGGCUGGGAUGGCAGAGUUCCUGUUUGUGAAGUGGUGAAGUGUGGAAAGCCCCCAAACAUUGUCAACGGUGGGCCUGUUGUCCCACCUGAAGAUACGUAUGACUAUGGAAGUGUAGUGCAAUAUGACUGUGAGAAGGAUUACACUCUGGUUGGAAGUAAAUCCAUAACCUGCCGUGAGAAUGGAGAAUUCCAGCCAGCUCCACCUGAGUGUAAAAUGGUCUCAUGUCCUUCUCCUGUUGUUGAGAAUGGCGUUCGGAUUGAUGGCCGUCCCCCCUACACGUACAAGUCUUUUGUGACGUAUAGAUGUAACGCUGGAUAUGAGAUGGAGGGACAAGCCAGUCUGACCUGUGAAAUAGAAGGCUGGUCAGCUCCUUACCCAACAUGCAAAGCCCUUCUGACUACCACAAAGCCCACUACUACAAAGAGAACCACAAUCCAAGAUCGUGUAACUCGUCCCACUGAUCUAACCCCAAAGGCCAACGACAACACUGGGAUAAUAGCAGGUUCUGUUGUAGCUGUUCUUGCCGUUAUUUGUCUUGCAAUAGUUGCAGUAGUCUACAAAGUUAAACGAAGCUCUCGAGGUGGCUACUCAUCAAAUGUGGCCACUAAAAACUCUGAAGACAAUGAGUUGUAGCAUCCUCUGCCAUGUCUAAUUUGCCUUAGUCGUCUCCUGCUUCAUUGAGAAAGGAGUCACAGAGAACUGGCUGCUGUGACGAAUCAUCUACUACCCUCCCGCUUAUGAACGCAGAAGCCCCUCCCAAUUACCGGGAAUGGUUCAUAUCAUUUCAAAGGAAUCUCUAUUACGUGAUGAUUAGGAACCUCCUGAAGAAUGUAUUGGUUCACUCCCAUUUGGAAGCUUGUGCAUAAGGAGUGGCCUAACUUGAUUAGUUAAUGACUAUUAAUGUUUAUUUAAUGUACUUCACAUAUCACUUUUUCUUAAUCUAAGCCUGCUUCAUCUCAUUGCCUACAUUCUGAUGUUAAAAGUCCCACAUAUGUAUGGAAGCUGCUCUUUAGGGUGACCAUGCAUCACAAAGCCAGUUUACCCCCUCUGAAAUAAAAAUAUUUAAGGAAAUCAUAUCCUUUGCCAUAUAUAUGUUUUUUAAAAUCACAAUAUAUCAUGCAGUUUGACACCAAUGUCUUGAUAAAAUCAUACCACCAAAGGUCAACACUGGUUUCAUAGACUAGGUUGCAGAUGUGUUGAAUGUAACCUAGAGUUCAUGAACAAAAUUGGGUUCAAAGAGAAUCAAUGGGCACUCACUAAGUUUAGCUCUAAUCAUUGGCCUUGGUCUUUAAUUGUGUAAAUGUCAGGUUAAUUUAAAAAGGUUGGUUUUAUAAGACCAUGGAAUUGAUGCAGUAUACUUAUUUUGUAAAGUGUGCUAGUUCUUUGAGGGAUCAAGGACUCAUGAUCCAGCUUUGGAAUCUUUAUUUGCACUUGUAGCCUAUUUGUAUUGUCUUGGAGUUAUAUUGUAGAUAAGCCAAUGAAAGAUUUAUUUUAAAAAAAAAUGUAAAUGCAUCUUGUUUUAAUGAAGUUAAAUGGGGAAAAUACAUGCUUGCAAUGUUACGAUGUCUAUUUUCAGAGAUGAGUCAUGUUUCUGUGACACAUUUUCCCUCUAAACUGUUCUGGAUUUGUGUGUAAUUGGCUCACAUUGCAUGUGUAAGAAUAACUAUGGAAACUGAUUUAAGCAGAUUGAGCAAAUGUAUUGGAGAUCUGCUAUUCAACCACUUGUAAUAUAACAUCCACCAUACCCAACAGUUAAAUCACUGCCUUUAGUAAAUGUACAAAGUGACGUUAACCACAGUGCAAGACUAUCUGGGUCAUGGUGUUCUAUAGGCAGGAAACCUGCAGCUCUCUGUAAUAUCAGGUUCAGCUUAGUGCAUGUUCAAAGUGCUCUGGAUUCUCCACUAUGCCUUAUCAAGGGAAAAUACCAAAUAUUUUGCAGUUGUACCCUUUUAUUUAUUUUGCAUUAUCUUGACAGACAUUUUCCACUGUCCUUUUUAUUACAUUGCUUGACUCUUUUACAGGCUGUCUUGUUUUUCUUUGUUAAUGAAAAUAACAGAUUUAAUGUUGUGAUCUAAUGGCACUUGUGUGGCUAAAACUAGCUUUAUAUGAAACCAGGUUCUUAUCUAUUAGGCUACACAGUUUAGAAUGUUGCAAAUAAAAGUGUAAUGAAGAAUAUUUUGGGAGUUUGAUGUCUAUUCUAUAGCCUACAGUGAAUUUGCUUUAUUCUGAUCAAUGUACCCUACUAAGCAGAGCGGUGUUCAAAAAAUCCAAACAAGACAACCCCACUUGCCAUGUUUUCAAAAUGGAAUGAAAAUAAAUGUUCCAGAAUGUCGCCUUCAUUUGAUCUUUAAAACCACUAUUUCCAACAGAGUAGCACAUUGAACAAAAUGUAUUAAUGUGUUUUGAAGUAUACUGUAGUUAGCUCUAUUCAAUCUGUAUUGCUGAAGCAUUACAGCUUGCACAAUGUAAAGGUAAUUUCUGAUUGGUUGACAUGCAGUGUUUACUGUGAAUGCAGUCUCUGCUAAAGCUGGAACAAUAUAUUUUAUUUUAAUCACGCUUCCUAUACGCUGUACUUGUCUUUGGUGUCUGUAACCUGUUAAAUUCAGUGUGGGACCACUAAACUGGUAUGUUUUGGUUAGCCAGUUAUGAAACAUUUUUAGCACUUGUUUGUACAUUAAGUUAAUCAAUUAAACAGCAAUCAUUUUAACAUGAA